AUGCAUUUACACAUUGCAGACACUUACAAUUCCAUGGUCAAUGUGAAAGCUGUACAGGACCAAUAUAUUGAAGCAUUGUCUCUUUAUGAGAAAGCUUAUGAACAAUUUCGACAGCUCUUUGGAACUGAUAAAAAUGCCAAUGUUGGUCGAGUACUGAACAAUAUAGGACAAGCAUAUCGUCAUCUAGGUCAUUUACCAGAAGCACUCGAGUGUUUAGAAAAGGCUUUGCGCAUUCGAUAG